UAAAAAGUAUAUUGUUGGUAGUGCUGUAGCUUAUUUGGGCUUAAGGGUAUUUGUUUGGUAAAAAUAUUGUUAUUCCGAAGUUAUUGUUGUGGAGGAAUCAAAGAAAUGUGCAAACAUGCCACCCACUAUUCAGCAUGGAAAUAAUACGAAUGCAAGUGGCAGUACGAACCCUGAAAAACGGGUGGCGAAGCCAGGAGAACGAAAAUCUGAACUUAUGGUAAAAGUUAAGUACUGCAACACACUGCCAGAUAUUCCAUUUGAUUUGAAGUUCAUAGCGUAUCCAUUUGAAUCAUCCAGAUUUAUACAAUAUAACCCCACUUCGUUGGAGAGAAACUACAGAUAUGAUGUGCUGACUGAACAUGACUUGGGUGUAAAUAUAGACUUGAUCAAUAAGGAUAUUUACGCUGUGGACCCAGAUGCUUACUUGGAUGGAGCUGAUGAGAAAUUGUUGGAAGAAGAUAUUCUGACACCACAGGAUUCAAAGAGAUCCAGACAUCAUGCCAGACCAGUAUCUUGGCUCAGACGUACUGAGUACAUUUCCACAGAACAGACAAGAUUCCAGCCGCAGACCAUGGACAAAGUUGAGGCAAAAGUUGGUUACAGCAUCAAGAAGAAUCUCAAAAAUGAAACACUGUACAUGGACAGAGAUUCUCAAAUCAAGGCUAUCGAAAAGACAUUUGCUGAUGCCAAGGUGCCCAUCGAGAAGCAUUACAGUAAACCUAAUGUUGUACCUGUUGAGGUGAUGGAUAUUUAUCCUGAUUUCAAAUUGUGGAAGUAUCCUUGCGCCCAGGUUAUUUUCGACUCGGAUCCAGCGCCUGUCGGAAAACAGGUGCCCGCUCAAAUAGAGGAGAUGUCGCAGGCUAUGAUUCGCGGUGUUAUGGACGAAAGCGGUGAACAGUUUGUCGCUUACUUUUUGCCGAUGGAAGAUACUCUGACGAAGAGGAAGGAAGAUUUCGUUAACGAAGUUCCUUACCAGGAUGAACAAGACUACGAGUACAUUAUGGCGCGCGAAUACAACUGGAACGUGAAGAGUAAAGCGAGCAAGGGAUACGAAGAGAACUACUAUUUGGUUAUGAGAGAUGACGCAGUUUACUAUAACGAACUGGAGACGAGAGUUAGGCUUAGUAAGCGCAGGCAGAAAGUGGGUCAGACUCCGAGCCAGACCAGACUUGUGGUUCAGCACAGGCCGAUGGAUGAGCAGGAAUUCAGAAUGCAGAGGUACAGGGAGAAGCAGCUCGAACCGCCAGGUGAAGAGGAGGAGGAGCUGGAGCAAGCGAAGGAUCAGACGGAGGAGAAGAAAGAUGAUGAAAGCAGCCAGCACGGUUCGGAUCAGGAGAAAGACAAGGAGGAAGCCGACGAUAAUGAGGAGAAGAGCGACGACGACGAAAAGUCAAGAUCAUCUUCACGCUCCCGAUCGCGUUCCCGUUCGGGUUCACGAUCCCGAUCGGCAAGCAGAUCGGUAUCGCGCUCUCGAUCCCGCUCCGUCUCCAAAUCACGUUCUCGCUCCGCCUCCAAAUCUCGAUCUCGCUCCGCCUCUAAAUCCCCAUCGAGAUCAAGAUCGAAUUCAAGAUCCGGAUCAGGCUCCGAUUCAAAGUCGGACAGCGAUUGAUUUGUUUUUAUAUAAUAAAACACGAUUAAAAUUGA